AUGAACAAUAAUUUAUUAUCCAAGAUAGACCUUCAACAAAGUUUGGCUUACAAAUAUUCUUAAUAAGACACUUAUUAUUAUACUAAGUCUUUGAAUGAAUAUAUAGAUAAUGCUAGAUUACCACAUGUGAUUAAUUUUCAUUAUGAAACUAAUUGCAAUGAAAACAAUGAAUAUUUAAGAAGAACAUAUGACAUUCGUAUAUUUUUUUAUAUUAUUUUAGAUGAAAUUGCUACCAAACUUGCAUUAUUAACUGAAUAUUAUAAGUUCCACAAUGAGAUUCCAAGAUGCUUCUGGCUUAAAUUGGCUGAUAUAAUGAGUAGGUAAACAUAUGUAUUAAAUUAUUUUAGUUAUCAUGAUAAGAAAAGAAGGAUUGAAUAUUUUAGAAUUAAAAGAAUGAUUGAAAAAGAAAACAAAUCAAACCCUAAUUAACCUAAAAAGAAAAUUGUAGGAGAAGAACCAGAUGAUAGUGCUACUUAAAAGUCUGGAAGACAAUACAGUAAUGUUCUAAAUGAUAUUUCUGAAGUUUCAAGAACUAUUGAUAAAAUACAAACAAAACUCAAUUCCAUUAAAUUAAAUGUUGGAGAUCUCUAAUUAUUACCUUCCAAUCGAGAUUAAGAUUAAUUAGAUAAGUUUCUAAAAUAUCUUACUGAAAAAAAAUAAAAAAAACAGAUCAACAUUAUUUAAACGCCUAACUCAGUAUCACUUAAAUUACCUAUUGGAUUAUCAUAAAAGACUAUCAAAUAAGUUUUAUCAAGAAAAAUGAUCACCUAAUAAUCUACUCAAAUUACUUAUCAAACUAUUAAUUCAAGUAAGACAACCAAAUAAUAAUCCCUAUAUUAAUAACCUUCUUAAAUGUAAUCUUCACCAAGAAUUAAUAUUAAGUAACUACCAAAACAAAUAGGGUCAUUUACUUAAAGGACAGUUAAAGAUAAUGCCUUAUCAAAACUAUUAUCUCCUUUAUAAAUUUAAAUCUUUAAUAAUAAUAGGUAUGAUUUAUAUCUAUUAUCUUAGUUAACAUACAAAUAAAUGUAAAACCAGUAUUUCAAUAUCGAAAUAAUUUAAAAUUACUGAUUCUGUCAGAUCUUCUGCAAGAUUGCAUCAGCAUACUAAAUCUGACUUUAAAUUCUUCAAAAAAAUAUGA